AUGAUUUUCAUAGGAGGGGAUUUUAAUGGGCACAUCGGGUCUCUGCCGAUGGGUUAUGAUGAUAUGCAUGGAGGUUUCGGGUUCGGGGAUAGAAAUGUUGAGGGAGCUGCUCUUUUAGAUUUUGUGAGGGCCUUUGGGUUAGUGGUAAUGAAUUCCAACUUUCCAAAGAAGGAGGAGCAUCUGGUUACUUUUUGUAGUAGGCUAGCCAAGACUCAAAUUGACAUUUUGCUGCUUAGGAAGGGAGAUAGAGCAAUGUGUAAGGAUUGUAAGGCUAUCCCGAGUGAGAAUCUUGUGACCCAGCAUAGACUUCUAGUGAUAAAAUUGGGUAUCAAGAAGGGCAAGAAGAGACGGGGUGGGGAGGGCCAUCCUAGAGUUAGGUGGGGUGGACUGACUCCAGCUAGUGCCUUGGAGAUAGGGGCGAAGUUGGAAGGGAUGGGGGUUUGGGAGGAUAGCAGGGACGUAGAUAGUAUGUGGGAUAGGACUGCGGGAUGCAUCAAAGAAUCUGCUAAAGAAGUGUUGGGUAUCUCGAGGGGCUGGUCGGGCCGAUAUCGAGGGGAUUGGUGGUGGAAUGAAGAUGUUAAGAAGAAGGUGGAGAUGAAGAAGACGGCUUAUGUUAAAUUGGUGGAGAGUAAGGAUGAAGAGGAGAAACAGUCGUAUUUUCAUAAACUCUUGAAUGACGAGGAGGACAGAGGUGUUGUGCUAGGGGAGUUGGAUCAUACCGGGGAGUGUUGCAAUUUCGGCUAUUGUCGACGUUUUAAAGUAGAGGAUGUCAGCGAGGCUAUUCGCAAGAUGCGAAGGGGCAGGGCGACGGGGCCCGGCAAGAUUUCAGUGGAUUUUUGGAAGUUUUCUAGCGUGGCUGGGUUAAGGUGGCUGACCAACUUGUUUAACAGCAUUUUCAAAUCCGUAUCGGCUCUUAGUCCGUUCUUAUUUUCCAUGGUGAUGGAUGUGCUGACGUGGAGUUUACAAGGUAAAGGGAGAAAAUACAGUAGUGAUAGUAGGCUGGUCAGCGAUGAGGGCAAAGAGGGAAAGGGUGGCGAUGGCAGUGAGACCCGUGGAAGCUCCAACGACAGUGGUGGAAACACGGGUGGAAUGGGCUGCUGGCUUGUCUGGUUGGAUGCUCCUCUGGUGGAUGUUGAGGCGGUGGUGGCAGCUGGUGGUGCUGAAGCGGAGAGAGAAAACGGGGGAUUGGGUGCGGUAACGGCUCCGGUCGAUUUUGUUGGCGACAGUGAAGGAGAAGGAGAGAGGGAAGAGGAGAGAGAGGGGCAGCGACUGGUGGUGCUCCGCCUGUCAGGCUGUCGGAGAUGGUGA